ACAGCUGAAAACCGAAUAAUUUCUCACCAGAGAUCUGUCCUGAUGGAGCCAGCAAGUUAUCCAGAGAAGAAUCUGAUGAAAGAUGAAAACAAUCAAAAUCCUGCUACCUCCAACAGUGCAAAGAGAGGCCAGUGGGCCAACAAGAGGGAGUACAUUUUAUCUGUUGCCGGACAUAUUAUUGGUCUGGGCAAUGUUUGGAGAUUUCCAUAUCUGUGCUUCAAAAAUGGAGGCGGAGCUUUCCUGAUCCCCUAUGUGGUGUUCCUGUCCACAUGUGGAAUCCCCAUCUUCUUUCUAGAGGUAUCUCUGGGGCAGUUAACGGCUCAGGGUGGGAUCACAUGUUGGAGGAAAAUAUGUCCCAUAUUUGGAGGUUUAGGCUACGGCACUCAAGUUACAUUGUUAUACAGUGUGGUGUAUUACAUUGUCAUCCUGGCUUGGGCCUUCCUCUACCUCUUCUCCUCCUUCCACACUGUACUCCCCUGGGCCAGCUGCAACAACACCUGGAACACAGAUAACUGCUUUGAUUGUGGACAGAAUUAUUCAGUUUAUCGCCACAUCAAUGAAAAUGCAACAUCAUCAGUGAAAGAAUUCUGGCAGAGGAGAGUCUUGGGUUUGUCUGGAGGAAUUGAAGAGAUGGGCAAUAUCCGCUGGGACCUGGCUGGAUGUCUUCUGCUAAGCUGGAUCAUCUGUUACUUCUCUAUCUGGAAAGGAGUCAAGGCGACAGGAAAGGUUGUGUACGUCACAGCCACUUUUCCAGUUGUGAUGUUGAUUGUGAUGCUGAUCCGUGGGCUGACAUUGCCAGGAGCUGUAACUGGAAUUAGAUAUUACCUUUAUCCUGAUCUGACCCGUCUGACUGAUCCUCAGGUGUGGAUGGAUGCUGGGAGCCAGGUAUUGUUCUCCUAUUGCAUUUGCGUAGGCAGUUUGCAAGCGAUGGGAAGCUACAACAAAUACAAUAACAACUGCUACAAAGACACUUUCGCCUUGUGCGCACUGAACAGUUUAACCAGCUUUUUUGCUGGCUUUACAGUCUUCUCUGUUCUCGGCUUCAUGUCGCAUGAAUUGGGUGUUGACAUCUCAACAGUAGCUGAAUCAGGUCCUGGCCUGGCAUUCAUUGCUUACCCUCUGGCUUUAUCCAUGAUGCCUUUACCUCAACUCUGGGCUGCCUUCUUCUUCAUCAUGAUUAUCCUUCUUGGAUUGGACAGUGAGUUUGUGUGUCUGGAAGGCCUGGUGACAGCCAUAUCAGACAGGUUUCCAUCCUCCUUUCUCAUUGGUCAUCGACGUAAACUAGUUCUGCUGAUCAUCUGUGGCGUUUCCUUUGUUAUUGGCCUGUUUAUGGUGACUGAGGGAGGACUGUAUGUAUUUCUGCUGUUUGAUUACUAUGCUUGCAGUGGAAUACCAUUCAUGAUUUUUGCCAUUUUGGAGUGCGUCUGUGUGGGAUGGAUAUAUGGUGCUGAUUGUUAUUAUGACAAUAUAAAGGAA